ACACCACCUCCAGUUAAAAUCUGUCUGUUUAAGCAAAAAGAUGGAGAAUAAAUGUGUACCUGUUGUUGUGGGUGUAGAUGUGGGUGGGACUAACACAGAUGCUGUGGUUAUUGCUAAAGACCAGGAACGACCAGUUGUUUUAGCUGCUGUAAAAGAACCAACCACAAGCGAUGUUACAACUGGGGUGAAGGAUGCCAUCUUUUCUGCUCUCAAAUCAACGCAUGAUAACGGCCAGAAGGUGGCAGUAGUUCAAGUAAACAUCGGAACUACUCAUUUUGUCAAUGCAGCUGUCCAAGGAAAGGGUCUCGCAAAAGUAGGAGUCAUUCGACUUUGUGGAUCGGUUUCCCAUGCCUUACCACCGUUUAGCGAUUUCCCCAAAAGACUUGCGGAUAUAAUUUGUGGUUCUGUUCAUAUGUUGAAAGGUGGAUAUCGAUAUGAUGGCCGUAUCAUAGAUGAAAUUGAUGAGAACGAAAUUAAAGAAGUUGUCCAAAUUUUGAAAGACAAAGCCAUCACCUGUAUAGUUCUAUCCGGCAUCUUUUCCCCUAUACGCCCUGAUCAGGAAUGUCAAGUAAAGGAUAUAAUCUUGAGGGAAUACCCAGAAGCAAGUCUGACUCUUUCAAAUGAAAUAGGACACAUUGGUCUACUGGAGCGUGAGAAUGCUGCAAUCUUAAACGAGUGUUUGAAACCUUUGUGUCAAAUAACGAUAAACGGCUUCCUGGCGGCACUAAAAGACUUGGGGUUAAAAUGUCCUUUGUACCUCACACAGAAUGACGGAACUAUUAUGAGCGCAGACACAGCUCUCGAUUAUCCCAUUUACACUUUUGCAUCGGGUCCCACGAACAGUAUGCGUGGUGCAGCUUAUUUAUCAGAGUUAAAGGAUGCCAUUGUGGUGGAUAUUGGUGGAACUACAAGUGAUGUUGGAUUGCUGAAAAACGGAUUCCCUCGUCAGGCUUCGACAAAGGUUAAAGUUGGUGGUGCAAGAACAAACUUCCGAAUGCCGGAUGUUCUCAGCAUCGGACUGGGUGGUGGAUCUUAUGUUGAAGCAUGCUACAAUGAUGACAAAACUGUUAAACAUGUAUCAGUUGGUCCAUUAAGCGCUGGAUACAAUUUACAGAACGAAGCUUUUAUCUUCAGCAGCAGGGACAAUAGAUCCUUGCGGAACCUCACUGCAACCGAUAUUGCUGUCGCAGCUGGUAUGGCAAGUCUUUGGGAUCCCACUUCAGUUGGUGACCUUAGCAAAGAAUUAGUCAAGUCUGCUAUAGACAGAAUACAUCAAAUGGUAGAAGAGGCAAUCGACAAGAUCAAGUUGAGCAACGAAGAACUUCCUGUUAUUCUAGUUGGAGGUGGGAGCAUACUGAUUGAUCCUAAACGCCACAUAGCUGGUGCCAAGAGUGUAAUACUGCCGGAGAAUUUUGGGGUGGCAAAUGCUAUUGGAGCUGCAUUGAGUCAAGUCUCGGGACGAGUGGAUUAUGUAUGUAGUCUUCUUGAUAUGGUAGAUUGUGACGCUAUGGCUAAAAAGAUAGAGGAAGCUGUCAAGGCAGUCACAGAUGAUCCCGAUGGUAAAGAGACUGAAAUCGCUAGGGAAAAUGCCCAGAAACCGUUUUUUGUUAAUGCACGGGAUAAAGCCACGGACGAAGCAUGUGAGAAAGCUAAAGCUGCCACCAUCAAAUCAGGGGCAGAUCCAUCUUCUUUAACGAUUACAGAAAAGGAAUAUUCCACUAUAUCCUAUAUUCCAGGACAGGCCAUACGUAUCAAGAUCACAGCAGUUGGUAAUCUAGCAGACUUGAAGAAGACUGGCACCCCAUAUGAAGCGUGGAUGCCAAAUGCAUCCACCUCUCAAUCAGACACAAAAUCUGCUGUUAAGCUUACAAAACAAGGAACAACUUCUAUGGGAAAUAAACUCUCAUCAACAGCUGACCUUGAAGAUGCAACGCAAACACCAUCUGAACCCUACAUAGAUCCUGCAUCUGGUGAAUGGAUUUUGUCACUCUGGGACAUUGAAUGUAUUGUUGUAGGAGCAGGCAUAUUUGGAUGUGGAGGUGGGGGUAGUCCUCAUAUUGGAAGACUGAGGUCAUUGGAAGCAGUUCGGAAAGGAAAGAAAAUUCGCAUUAUAUCUCCGGAACGCUUGUUGAGAAACGCUGAUCCUGAUAAUGACUUGGUUGUGGUUGUCUCUUUUAUGGGAGCCCCCUUGAUUAUGUACGAACAGCUUGUAUCUUCUGUUGAAAUAACUGGUGCACUAAAAGCUAUGGAAGAACUUUAUAACAUUGGUGGUUACGAGGACGGUAAACUGAAAAAUACGGAAGGUGUUGAGGUUAAAAGUAGAGCUGGGAUGACCUUUAUAGAGGAUUACCAACCCAAAACCGAUAUAUCAACCACAACCGGCAAUAUAGGAGGAAAGAAAAUAAUUGCUUUGAUGUCAGCUGAAAUUGGAGGAAUGAAUGCCAUAGAACCUUUUCUUGUUGGAGCUGAUCUUGAUAUACCUAUUAUUGAUGCAGAUUGUAUGGGAAGAGCCUUUCCAGAACUACAAAUGUUUUGCCCUUAUAUGUAUGGUGUGUCCCCCUAUCCAGCAACUUUAGUUGACGACAGAAACCGAAGAGCUGUGAUGCUCCAGACUCCUUCAGCCAAGCAUCUUGAGCAUCAUUUCAGAGACACAGUUGUUGAAAUGGGUUGUUCUGGUGGAAUGGUGGAUUCAGCUCUCCGUAAAAAUGAUGUUUACACAAAAACAAUUUUAUACUCGGUCAGUCAUGCUUGGAGGUUGGGUAAUGCUAUUCUGCGGGCCAGAUUGGAGAAGAUUUCGCCCAUAGAUGCUAUUCUGGCAGAGGAGAAUUCGAAGCAUAUUAUGACCGGCAAAGUUCAAGACGUUCAAAGGGAGACAACAGCAGGCUUUAAUAAAGGUCGAUUGAUUAUCGAAGGGUUGGAGAAGUUUAUGAACCAACGUCUUCUGAUUGAAUUCCAGAACGAAAACUUGGUGGUUCUACAGUUAGCUGAAGAUGGUAAAACUAUUGUAGGUGAUGCUUUAGCAUGUGUUCCAGAUUUAAUUAUGUUGGUGGAUGCCGAUACAUGUGAACCUAUCACCACAGAGGAAAUGAAAUACGGAAUGAGGGUAGCAGUUGUUGUACUAGCAUCGCAUGCCUUACUCAGAACAGAAACUGCCCUUCGCUUUGUCGGUCCUCAGGCAUUCAGAUAUCCAGAUACUGUGAAAUUUCAGCCAUUUGCUGAUGCUAAAAUUACCAAACCGAUUCCACCACUUUAAAAGAUACGAUGUAUUAGCUUUCAAUUUUCCAAAACAUUUUAAGUCUGACAACCUUAUCUCAAAUAUAUUUAGAAAAAAAAAAAAUAUUGGGGCAUCUUCUGUGUUACAUGUAUACCCAUACAUGUACAUUUAACUGGGAUAGAAACCAUGCCAUCUGACUCAAUGACAGACACUUUGACAUAAAGCACAUGUGUUAGACCGCUUGGCCACCCAAACCCCAAUAAGCAUGCAUUAAAGAUAUAUUAUGGGAGAUUCAAUAACGAGUUGUUAGUUCUCACUAUAAUAGUUAAAAACUAGAUAAAGUAAAGGCAAUUUGCUGAACAUUUCAUUCAAAUUGAUCCACUAUGAACCGAGAACUAAACGAAUGAAAUUUCUGCCUAGCCUCGGUCAUCAUUACUAAAGUCAGUACGAUAAACAGCAUAGUCUCAAUUAUCCAUUUAAUCGUUUAAUCAAGAAGGAAAGUUAUGCAGUAAAUCGGAUAACAAUCCAUUUGAGAUCGCAGGCUAGCGAUGCCAUCUAGAGUUGAUUAUGGUCUGGAUAAGUUAAUUAAAGUCUAAUUAAUAAUUUAGAUAACAUUUCAGGCCUAAAGAAAGACUGAAAUAGACAGAUUUAGACCUUGCAUAAUGUAUGUUUAAUAUACCUCUCAGCCAAAGAAUAGAAAUUUAGCUCCUUAAAUUAUUUUUGUCCAAAUACAUGUUUUUAUUUGAAUAGAGUACAUAAUAUACAUCAACUUUUAACCAUAUACAAAGUCUUAAAGCCCUAGGCUUCUGGAGUGGGGUCGCCUUUCCAACAUUAUAGGUUAUCUCUGGGUAAUCAGGUUUCCUCUGGUGUGGUUUCGAUUCCCCGGUUGUCCGUGACAAGGAGUGGGAUCGCCUGUUCAACCUGAUGGGUUUUCUCCGGGUAAUCGGGUUUCCCCCCACUGCUAAAGUCCCCUACACGCAAGCGAAUUAUUGAAAUAAAAUUGAACCAUGUGUUAGUCCCAAAAUGACCUAGUUUGUGUUGAGUGGACGUUAAACCCAUCUCUCUCUCUCUCUAAAUACAAGUACUAGUCUGUACCAGUAAUAGCAACAAUGUAACAAGAUAAAGUGUUCUAUUUAUGAUCCGUGAUCAAUAAUAUCAUGUAUUGAUCUAUAAAAAUAUUGAUUUUACACUAUACUUUAUAUCAUAUUAUAUUUUAUUCAUAAAAUUAUU